ACAACAGCCGGCCGUAUUUUCGGCCUCCCACACGGCCGGCUGCAUCUACCGGCGCGGCCAGCGGGCCCAUGCACUUCUAACCCCGCAGGCGCACGCAUCAUUAGUAACGUUGAUUUUUCAUUCAAAACAUCGAAUUGCGCGCCCGUUCAUUUCCCUGCCCUCCCUUUCUCUCUCCCUCUCUCUCUCGUGGGUUCAUUUCUUCUCCUCAUCUUCUCUCUCUAGGGUUCCUCUCUCUCUUCCGUGGGGGACAUUUUGAUCACCCGAAUCCGCUCAUCUGGGGAUCUCACGAGAGCACUCCUGGGGGAUCGAAGCACAAAUCUAUCCAGGUUAUCAUCAAGGUCAUUUUGGAAUCGAGAGGCCGCAGGAAGUGCAGCGAGCAUAUCUGCGGGAUCCAAGCGCAAAUCAUCAGGGGGUUCGUCAGAAAUCCCAGACCCGAAUCAGCGAGCAUAUCUGCGGGAUCCAAGCGCAAAUCAUCAGGGGGUUCGUCAGAAAUCCCAGACCCGAAUCAGCUUUUUCUCUCUGAAACACACUCCAAUUACAAUGCCAAGAGCGGAGAAGCAGCGACAUGCCCGUGCGACAUCAUCCAAUGCAAACCUUAGGAACAGGGCAUCCCCUGCUAGACUUAUCAAGCUAUAUAGAUACAUUUCUGAGGAUCAGCGCGAGAUGAUUGCUAAUGUCAAAUUUGAUGGCUUGUUGAAGAUUGCGUGCACCACAAUGCCAGUGGACUUCGCCAAUUGGCUGAUGUCGGAGUGCUUUGAUCCGGAAUCAUCAGAACUAGUUCUCCCCGGGAGGGGUAGGAUUUUAGUGACACCAAAGGCUGUGGCUAAUAUCCUAAACUUGCUAGACAAAGGUGACGAGGUCAAAUAUGAGUUGGAUGUGGAUGCAAUCAACUUCAUCUACAGCAAGUAUGGAAUUAUCCAAGGGCAAGCACCUAGGAUUAAAGAAAUAAUGGAAAGGAUCAAACAAAACAAGCGCGCAGAUGAGGAUUUUCUGAGAUCAUAGAUGAUGAUUGCAGUGUCAACCUUUUUGUGCCCGCCCACUGGUUUGGGAAUAAGCCCCAGAUGUUAUCCAGCACUUCUUGACCUUACACGCGUGAACAAGCUGAACUGGUGUCAAUUUGUUGUUGACCAGCUCAAGGAGGCAGCCAGAAAAAUGAACAAGCAAAAUUCUGUGAGGGGUUGCAUCUUACUACUUGUUAUUCAUUAGAUGUUGGUAAUGUGCAAAUCCCUACAACCAAGCUCAGGAUUGCAGCAUGGUCAAGGAAACUUUUGGACCAGGUAAUCAAGCUCGAUACAAACCGUGAUGGAUCAUUUGGCAAGCUAAAGCUAAAAUUAUCAGGGAGUUCGGUGGCCCAAGUUUCAUUUUUCCAGAUGGAUGAUGUAAACAGAUUUGUAGCAUUAAAGGCGCCCCCCACACGGCUACUGAGAAGAAGAGAAAAAUCGCCAAUGCUGUGAGUAAAGUUCUGACUGGGGUAUCAGAGUUGCUUGGCACCUUCAUACAAGAUAUGGCUGAUGCUGAAGAGACUCCCAAGCCAGAAUUGAGAAGAUCAAAGCGUAGUAAAACUGCACAAGAAUCUGAAAAUGAUGGCGAAGAAGACAUAGACGAAGACCCAGAUUAUGAUGAUGGAGAGGAGUGGAUUAGCAGCAGCGAGGAUGGUUCUGAUGAGGAUUUUGAGAGUGAAGACAAUCAAGAUGAAGAAGGGGAAGAUGAACAAGAACAAGGCGAGAAAGAAGAAGAAGAAGAAGAAGAAGAAGAAGAAGAAGAAGAAGAAGAAGAAGAAGGGGAAGAUGAACAAGAACAAGGCGAGAAAGAAGAAGAAGAAGAAGAAGAAGAAGAAGAAGAAGAAGAAGAAGAAGAAGAAGAAGAAAAAGAAGAAGAAGAAGACCUUGUCCCCAUUAGUAGACGGUUAAAAAGGAUGCAAUCAGCCACAAGCCAAGCAGGCAGGGUGCAAACAGCAACAGCUACUGACAGCUCUGUUGGCAUUCCUACACUUCAACCAAUGGGUAGCACAGGCAGUCUGAUCAGCAGGCGUUCCAGAUUAAUACUGCCAGACAAGCUGACUAAUGGAGUGGAUGGGAUUAAUAUGGUUGGUGCAACAGAUCAAGGUUGCAGUUCUAGGGACCAAAAACAUAGUAACAAAGCUACUUCAUCGAAGGCGGUUGUUGGUGAUGUCAAAGGGAGUUCAUGGGAUUUCCCCGCCCCCGAUUGUGAUAUUAUGAAGUUCAUUGUAGAUCUCACACCACCUCAGAAAGUAUCCAACACACAAGGCCUUGAUCCUAUAGCAGACCCCGGAUCUGCGUGGACAUUGGAUGGGCUGGAUGAUGAUGUGUAUGAAAUUCUGGAAGCACGGGCUAUUCAGAUCAAUGAGCAAGCAAAGGCCAAGCAUAGGGAUGUAAAAGUUGCAGGAACAACUCAAAUUAUCGGGUCAACAUCUUAUGCUGCACAAGAGGUUCCAAGAGAAGAUUCUAGCAAUAGCAAUUAUUCAGGAGCAGCAGUCAAAGUUGCAGUAACACCGCUACCUCUUGGGACAACUUCUUAUGCAGCAGCACCAGCAAAACAUGCAGACCCCACCAGCUGCAACAUAUCAAGAGCAACAGCAAAAGUUGCAGGAACAUUGCAAGCUGUCAUGACAAGCUCCACCGGGACACCAUCUUUUUCUACGCCGGAGGCGCCAAGAGCAGAUUCAAGCAGCAGCAAGCAUUCAGGAGUAGCGGCAAAAGUUGCAGCAACACCCUCUUAUGCAGCAGCACUAGCAAAAGAUGCAGAUCCCACCAGCAGCAAGAUAUCAAGAGCAACAGCAAAAGGUGCAGGAACACCACAAGACGUCGGGACAAGCUCUCACACAGCAGCACAGGCACCACAAGCUGUUGGAGAUCUUUCCAUCACACCAGAGUAUGCACCUCCACCAAGAAGAGAGCACAAGCUGCCUGCUGCACUACAGUCCCCUUAUCUUAAUGGUGCAAGGAAGGUUUCAUUCAGCUGCAGUAGAGCCGUGACGAAGACUUAUAACGCAGUCUGUAUGUUCUCAGGAAGGUCAACGAGGUCCAAGAACAGGAAUGUAGUCAUAAUCAACUAUUUGUCCAACUAUGCUACACUGGGACAUUUAGUUGAUUCAGUUAAACCAGGGAGAAAGCUAACCAACACUAUCGCAGAGAUUGGCAUUCAUGUAAUUAAUGGCAAGAAGAAAAAGGGUGCAACCAGAUGGGUCAUGCCGCUAUACAUUACGACAUUCCUGCAAAGUCAACAAAUUUACGCCAGCGCGGUCAAACAUGCAUUCACAAAAAGUAAAAACAAUCUAAACCACCGGCAAUUGGUAUGGUGCAAAGCAAACCCCCCCACCCCCCUCUGUGUUCUACCAUUGUAA